GCUGGUUGUAAACUGACAGAGGAAUCCUUUGAGGCUUUAGCCUCUGCUGUGCAGCACAUGGUCUCCCUGACAGAACUGGACCUGAGUGACAAUCACAUAAGCAUCACUGGAAUUCAGCUUCUGAGUUCACUGAAAAGUCACAUCAACUGUAAACUGCAGACAUUAAGACAUGCCCGUGGAGAACUGAGAAACUAUGCCUGUGAGCUCACGCUGGACCCAAACACAGCACACAGAAUUCUCUCUCUCUCUGAGGGGAACAGAAAGGUGACACGUGGGAAUCAGCAGCAGCCGUAUCCUGACCACCCAGAGAGAUUUGACUCCAUGUCUCAGGUGCUGUGUAGAGAGGGUCUGACUGGGCGCUGCUACUGGGAGGCUGAGUGGAGUGGUGAUGGGGUUCUUAUAGCAGUGGCCUAUAAGAGCACCCCGAGGACACAGAGGAGUGAGCAGAGCAGCAUGUUUGGAUGUAAUGCCAAGUCCUGGAGACUGAGGUGCUCUGGUAACAGUUACUCUGCCUGUCACAAUAGUAAGGAGACUGCCAUACCUGCCCCCUCCUCCCGCUCCAGCAGAGUAGGAGUGUACCUGGACUGGCCAGCAGGCACUCUGUCCUUCUACAGCGUCUCCUCUAACACACUCACCCACCUGCACACGUUCCACUCCACAUUCACUGAGCCCCUCUAUCCUGGGUUUACUGUUUAUUCUAACGCCUCAGUGUCCCUGUGCCAGAUCACAUGACCUCCUAAUCCUGCAGCAGAGGAGAGCCACACACACCUGUUAACACACUCCUGUGUGUGUGUGUGUGUGUGUGUGUGUGUGUGUGUGUCCUUUUCAUCCUCUGUGUUCCAUCUUCCCUCUGACUGUGUUUUCUACUCAUCUCAGUUUCUCUUACUCGCUUUGUGUGUGUGAGGGGGGUUGUGUCUGUGUGGUGUUCGUUGCUCCUGCCCUCCUCCUGUGUGUGUGUGUGUGUGUGUGUGUGUGUGUGUGUGUGUGUGUGUGUGUGUGUGUGUGUGUGUGUGCGUGUGCGUGUGCGUGUGCGUGUGCGUGUGCGUGUGCGUGUGCGUGUGCGUGUGCGUGUGCGUGUGCGUGUGCGUGUGCGUGCGCGUGCGCGUGCGUGUGCGUGUGCUGCCCCUGCUCCGCUCCUGUGUGUGUGUGUGUGUGUUCCUCCUCUUGCCUCCUCUCUGUUCUCACUUCUCACUCACUCACACACACACACACACUCACUCACUCACUCACACUGACACACACACACACACACACACACACUGACACACACUGACACACAUUCACUCUCACACACACACACACACACACACACACACACACACACACACACACACACAGUCACACUGACACACUGACACACACUGACACACAUUCACUCUGUCACACACACACACACACACACACACACACACACACACACUAGCUCACACUGACUCAAACUCACACACUCACUCACAUUCAUACUCACACACACACACACACACACACACACACACACACACACACACACACACACACAGUAACACUGACACACACUCACACACAUUCACUCACACACACACACACACACACACUCACACACAUUCACUCACACACACACACACACACACACACACACACACACACACACACUAUACACUCACUCACACACACAGUCACAAACACUCACUCUGUCUCUCUCUCUCUCUCUCUCUCUCUCACACACACACACACACACACACUAGCUCACACUGACUCACACUCACACACUCACUCACAUUCAUACUCACACACACACACACACACACACACACACACACACACACACACACACACACACACACACACUACCUCAGUCACAUUCACAAUCACACUCAGUUCAGACUUGUGUUCUGCAGAGCAGUAUUGAACUUUGCUCACUGCUGGUUGCUCACGCUUUAGCUUCGGUAUUGUAGGCCGGCAGCAGGAGCACUGACAUGGUCACAAAGCAGGGAGUCCAGGAGAGUCAUACACUCAUAGACAAUACAGCAGUUAUAUACGUGUGUAACAAAUGGUCCGAUGCACCAAAGUGUGUGUGUGGUACAGACCUGUAUGAGCCUUUCAGUGGGGUGAAUCAGUGGUCAAGGGUCUGAUCGCCCCUGGUGGGACAGGUGACGUGCUGGUGGUACUUGGGAAGGACUGUUUUGAGGUUGCAGUGAUUGAUGUCACCCGUUAUGAUGAGGAUUGCUUCCUGGUGCUGACUCUCUUGUUUACAACAUACAGUUCAAGUGCCGCUGCAGCAGGGGCACACACACACAUACACACACACACACCACUAAAUAAUAAAAAGAUGACUCGGGUCGGUCCUCGGACUAAAUAUUUUCCACUCAGUGAAAAAAAAAAAAAAAAAAUAUUAAUCAUCGCUGCUGUUUACCACAAAUCAUCAUGAAUUUCUCUAUGGGGAUCAAUCUAUCUAUCUAUCGUAAAGGAAGUCUGGCUGCUGCAUGCAAGGUGCAUGCAAUCAUGGAGCGGGGGCAGACAUGACGCUACUGUGUUGGGAGAUGGAAGGACAGAGCUUGCGGCAGCUCUGUCAUGUGUUGCACCAACAUUUAUGAGUUCCUGUGCAAGUUCUAAGAAGCUGUCUCCUUGAACAAAAUAAAAUGGCAGUAGCCUAUUGUUGCUGGGCUAUAGCCUACGUCUUCAUGAAUAGCUAACAACUCAUCAUGAAGUGUGUAUGAAGCGGUUAUUGAAAUAUCAUGCUCUGUGGAUGAUUCUGCCUUUUUUAUAGCAAGAACAGUAAGUUUUCCCAUUUAUAUCAUGUUUCUAUUUUGGAAAAUAUUGUUUCACUAGGUUUUACGUGGGUUAGGUAGGCCACUGCACAUAAUUGUGCCCUUAACGACCGUCCGUCUCCAUAGAUACAGUAACAUAGGAAAACUCGACCGCCGGCGUCGGGCCGCGGGCCGGGUUCGGGUAGAUAGUUCAAAUGUAUGUGUCGGGUUACAUCGGGCUCGGGCUUUGAAAGCCAGGCCCGUUGAGAACUCUAGCUGCAGAGACUUUUUUACAUUGAUAUACUUGAGGGAGACAGAAGGAGGGGAGUCCCUUAUUUUCCCCUGUAUUUUUGAUUAUAAAUUAAAUAUGUUAUUGGUUGAAAUGUUGUCUUAACCUCGAUAUGUGUAUAUCCACAAAGACAAACAGGGUUUAAUUAAAAUACAUACAAAUGAAUUGAAAUAAAAUGUAAAAUGUAUGUUAUGUUCAAUUUCAUGGCACAUGUGUAUAUUCUUAAUGAGUCAUUCUCCUUGACCUUAAGGAAUUAAAUUAAAAUAAAAUGUAAACAAAU